UUCUCUAUAAUAUGUCCCCCCAAAAGGCCUGCAAUCUUUGGAAGGUCUCUCUCUCAAGUCUCAAUAUCUGUAAAUAAAUAAAGGGAUGAAGAGAGGGAUAUUUUCCCAGGUUUUGCAGUUUGUGUUGCUCUUCUGACUCUUUAAAAUUAUAAGUAUUAUUAUAAAAGUAGCAAAUAACAUAUAUAUAUCCACACUGGUAAAGCUGGGUUUUGAUUGGGACUACAGUGACAGCAGGUCUUCAUUUUGGUUUGAAGAUAGAUAAGGUCAAUAAGAAAGAGAAAGAGAGAGAGAGAGAGAGAGAGGAGCUAGGUGGUGUUGGUGUUGUUGGAUUGUUGAGUUAUCUAUGUCGAGCAGUCAGCAGCAAGGGCAAGGACAGGUGGCGCCAUUCGUGGCGAAGACAUACCAGAUGGUGAGCGACCCAAUGACGGAUGAGCUGAUCCUUUGGGGGAGAGGGAACAAUAGCUUCUUGGUUCUAGACCCAGCCCAGUUCUCCCAGUUCCUCCUUCCUUCUUACUUCAAGCACUGCAACUUCUCCAGCUUCAUUCGCCAGCUCAAUACCUAUGGGUUCAGGAAAGUGGAUCCAGAUAGAUGGGAGUUUGCUCAUGAGUCUUUUCUGAGAGGACAAACACAUCUGUUGCCUUUUAUUAUGAGGAGAAGAAAGAAGGUUGAUGAUCAUGGAGUUGAGAAAAAGGAGGGGUUUAAUGAAGAGGAUGAAGAAGAUGAUGAUGAUGGUGAUGUGUUACUACAGGAGCUUGGGAGGUUGAGGAGAGAACAAAGAGCACUUGAGGAGGAGCUGCAAGGAAUGAACAAAAGAUUACAGGCUACUGAGAGAAGGCCUCACCAGAUGAUGUCUUUCCUUGCUAAAGUGGCUGAGGACCCUGACCUUCUCCCUCGUCUUAUUAACUCUAAGAAAAAGCAACAACAACAUCAACAGCAACAACAGGGUUUAGUAGCUGGUGGAGAUAAGAAGAGAAAACUCAUCACAGCUCCUCCUCCUCCUCCUCCUCCGCCUCCUUCUUCUUCUUCUUAUGUUCAUGAUAUUCCUCCUAUGAUGAUGGUGAUGCAGAAUCAAGCAGCAGAACCAUAUUUUGAUUUGAGUCCUUUAAUGUUUGAAGGAAGUAGUCAUUCUUGCUAUUUGGAGCCAACUGUUGCUACCUGUGAUGGUUCCAUGAAGAAUCCAGCUGCCUUUCAAGUACAGCUUGAGGUGGCAGAGCCUAGCCAAGUUGCUUAUCCUUUCUCUUUACUUGGCCAUGGAUUCAUCUAGCUCUCUUCUCUUGUUUUAAGGAUGAUGGGAUUUUCUUGUUCUGUUUUAUUACAUGAUUUUUAUUUUUAUU